AUGGCGGACCAACAGACGCAGCACGUCCCGGGAGGGCAUUAUUCUGGCCACAAUCCCAUUCCCACAGUGAAGCAGUUUGUCGAAAAUCUAGACAAGGACAAGAAAAACCGCGACAGGCAGAUAGAUGCCUCGAUCAAGCAGACGUCCUCGUCUCAACCGCACAAGGCAGUACCCGAGAGGCAAGUCAAAGGAACCGAGACCACAGUCACAGAUCCCACCACGGGCAAUGAAGUAGUCAUUGCCGAUGUCAGCAAGGAGAUGAUGAACGAGGUGGAGGAUCCACAUCUAGUUGUGCCCAAUGCCAAUCUGGACAAGUCCACACCCAUCAAGACCGAUCCUUCACAGUCGCUUGAAGACUACAAGCAUAACCAGGAUGUUACAGCACCACCUGACCCCGUCGCAGAAGGCACGACAUCCGACGUACCCAUUCACGGCGAGAAGACUAAUGUCCUUUUCCACCCAACACCCUCCGUCAGCUUUGAGCCCAUGUUCGCUUCAUUGGAGAAGCGUGCUAAUAUAUUGUGCGCUGGCAUACUCAUUACGACAGUCGUAGUAGGCAAGAUGUUUGGCGGAGCACUCAAGGGCUUAAUUCCGCUCGGCAUGUGCUUAUCAUCCGGUGUCUUUCUCUGGAUGAAGGAAGUGGUACGCAGCGGAAGAGAAGUGGAGUGGGACUCCGAGCAGGUUCGAGGACAAAUGGCGACCCUGAAUCUACUACCAGAAUCAGUUGAAUGGAUGAACACGUUACUUGGCAUAAUUUGGGGCCUGAUUAAUCCCGAUAUGUUUCAAGGUGUCGCUGAUACCCUCGAGGAUGUCAUGCAGGCUUCUGUUCCAGGCAUCAUCGAGAAUGUUCGUGUCGCGGAGAUCAAUCAGGGCAGCAAUCCAUUGCGCAUUCUCAGUCUGCGUGCCCUUCCCGAUACGCACAUGAAGGAAAUGAAGCAAGCUAUACACGAGGAGAACAAGAAGACCAAGGAUCCACAAGAGGCUGCUGCGGAUGAAGAGGGAGGUGAUUUUUACAACCUCGAGGUUUCUUUUGCAUACCAUGCUAAACCCAGCGGCAAGCGUGCCUCCGACAAGGCGCGGAACAUGCACAUGCAGUUGGUCUUCUACCUUGGGAUUAAGGGUCUCUUCGGUGUACCACUUCCCAUCUUCGUCGAAUUACAGGGCUUGGUUGGCACUGUACGCCUGCGCAUGAACAUGACACCUGAACCACCAUUCUUGAAGAAUUUGACAUUUACUCUCAUGGGCGCACCGCAAGUAACAGCAGGCUGUACUCCCAUGAUGGAGAAGGGCGUGAACAUCCUUAACCUUCCCUUGAUCAGCAAUUUUGUCAACUAUGCUAUCAAAGCAGCAGCAAGUAUGUAUGUCGCACCCAAGUCCAUGUCGAUUGAUAUGAGAGCGAUCUUGCAAGGAGAUUCUGUCCAGAAGGACACGGAAGCUCUCGGUGUACUCUGGAUCAGAAUACACCGCGCCGUUGGCUUGAGCAGACAAGAUCGCCGUGGAUCAAAGCAUGGAGGCAGCGACCCAUAUAUUACCAUUGCCUUCUCCAAGUACGGAAAGCCAAUGUACUGCACUCGGGUUAUCACAGACGAUCUUAACCCUAUCUGGGAGGAAACAGCUGCUGUGCUUGUCGGUCCAGAGCUGAUUAAGGCGAACGAGAACCUCAGUGUCGAGCUUUGGGAUUCUGAUCGACACACUUCUGACGAUAUUGUUGGCAAGGUCGAGAUCUCUAUGCAGAAGAUGAUCCAACACCCUGGAAAGAUGUAUCCACAAACAUCCAAGCUCGCAGGUAUGGAUGCAGACAGUGAGAUGCCCGGAGAGCUCCACUGGGAAGUUGGUUAUUUUGGCAAGCCCAAGUUCAGGAAGGAGAUGAGGACUGAUGGUAAGAACAAGGCUCUUCCCGAUGAGCUUAAGGACGACCCACGACUCCAGGACGACAAGGGCGUGAUCAAUGAUGAAGAGCAGGAUGCGGUUAUGCACACUCCUCCGGAUCCGCUAUGGCCCAGUGGUAUCUGCAGUGUAGUCAUACACCAGAUCGUGAACCUCGAGCUUGAGAACAUCAAGGGCACUUCAGGCAAGUUCAAGGGCCGUGAGUACGAGCCUGCGAAGCCCUAUGGUGAGGGUAAAGAAGAGACUGGCGGUGAUCUUCCCACCAGUUAUUGCACCAUCCUGUAUAACGACGAACUCGUCUAUCGUACGCGUGCGAAGGCAGUAUCAUCUCAGCCAAUCUUCAAUGCUGGUACAGAGCGUUUCAUUCGCGACUGGCGGUCUGGAAUCAUCACUGUCACCGUGCGCGACUCGCGCAACCGCGAACACGAUCCGAUUCUAGGUGUUGUUCCCCUCAAGUUAUCCGACAUCCUGGAAACAUCGUCUCAGGUCACACGCUGGUACCCGCUAGAUGGUGGUAUUGGCUUCGGCCGCAUACGCAUCUCACUCCUGUUCCGAAGUAUCGAAACUCGUCUGCCUCCUCAGAUGCUGGGAUGGGACGUUGGUACUUUUGAGUUCAGGUCCAAGCGCAUCCUUGCCUUGAACUAUGAGCACGCUCCUAAGCUUCGCCUGCGGACGGGUGGCAGUACUGGUAAGAUCAGUCGCAGCCAUGUCAAAAAGCUCGACGAAGGUGAUGGCUACUACUUUGAUCUUGAGGAACACGACGGACGAAACAACGUUCGACUCCCUGUGAAGCAUCGCUACAGAUCACCCAUUGUGUUUGAAUUCCACAUCGCCAAUCACCGCAAGGCCGAUGCAUACGCUGUUAUCUGGCUGCAGCAUUUCAUCGAUAACGAGGAUACUGAUAUCAACAUUCCGAUCUGGAAGACUGCCAAUCCUGCGCGCCUGACGCAAAAUUACAUCACUGAAGAUAACUGCGGCCAAGAGCCAGGACUCGAAGACCUUAAGGAGGUUGGACGUCUCCAGUUCCGUGCCCGCUUCAAGGCCGGUACAGAUGAAUCUCAUGGUGAAUUCGUGACUGACAACGAGACACGUGAGACCUACGAGACCUGGGAGGCUUGCGUCACUGAAGGCGUGCGAAAUCGCAAGGUUGAAAAGGAGCUACCAGAGCGUAUCCAGCAAUUACAUGAAGAUUCAUUGACAGCUGGGCGCGACAUCCUCAAAAAUGCAGACGAGGAAGAGAAGAGAAAGUGGCUUGCUAGGGACGGACAGGACUGGUCUGGCGCAUUUGGCGAUAAUCCGAAGGCUUACAUGAACACCAAGGGCAAGAAGAGGCGAGAACCUGGCCAAGAGGAGCCACUUCACGACCGCUAUCAUCCUUCUGAUAAUGAAGAAAACGAUGAUGACGACGACGAUAACUCCGAAUCGUCGUCCGAUCUCGGGGUCAAAGACGCAAACACUGUUGGCAACGCACCGCACAUGAGUGGCAAGGACGGCAAGGGCGGUCAGACGCCGGUCAAUGGCAUCCACCACCAGGCCACAGACUUGUCGCCAACAGGCGACCCUCGUGCUUCACAUUCUACAGCAAGAACGGACACGACUUUCCAAACAAGCACGACCUCGUCGUCGAGCAAGGACAUCAACAAGCAGAACAAGCGUGCAGAGGAGCGGAAACAUCGAGGUCUGAUGCAGUGGAAGCCAGCACGGAAUGCGCGGUUUGCAAAGAACCAGGCCUCACUCGGUCUGUCUAAGCUUAAGAAGAAGGUUACUGGUGGCUUGGAGGGACGGCAGCCAGGUGUUGAAACUGAUCACGAGACAAUGGUGUACGGCGUUGGCAUAAAAGGCGUUAUCUUGAUAUUCAUCAUGUCAGUGAACUCCAUAUCACAUCACAUCAGUAAACCAGACAUUCGACCGGAUGACAUCAACUGUCUCACUGUCGAGCACCAUGUGGUCGCCGACCCAACACCGAACAUGGUUUCACUUCUGAGUGCUGAUGUCUCGAUGACAGAGUCGUCCCGUCUUGCGGCAUGCAUGCAGCAAGUUACCCAGAGUCUGCACAUGGGGCAAUUGAACCCGUCGAUAAAGGUAACUCCUGACUGUCCCAAUGUGAUGAGAGCGCAAUGUUGGCCGUCUCCAGCCAUGCUCACAACAGAGAUGCCAUUAUCCGGUUUGAGGGCCGACUCAACAUGUCGAAUAUACGAGGCUGCGGUUUGCAAAAUGGACCCCGCAGGUAUCUGUGUGUAUCUCGUCUCUCCAACGAGUCCUGGAUACCUAGAAAUCUUGGUGCCUUUGUCUGAAUGGGGCGCAGAGCUCUCGCUGUCGACAGUGUUUCCUGAAGCAGUAAACGGUGGUUAG